AUGGGUAUGUUAUAGGCUAAUAUAGUGUUAUUUAAGUAUAAUUACUAAUCAAUGUUUAGCACCACCAAAGAAAAUGAGUUUACAAGAAUUCUUUCAAGAUGAAAGUAUGUAUCAAAUUAAUUUUAUAUGAUGCCCCCGGCUACUAACAUAUUUUUCAGGUUUUGGAGGCUCUUGGGCAGAUCAAGAAAUAGAUAUGGCUUCAAUAUCUGUACCUAUUGAAAAAUCAGGUCAUCAUAAUAAUACUGAUCCUUCAUUUGCAUCAUCAUCUUCAAGAAAUUUUGAUCAAAAUAUACCAAAUCAACCACCUUUUAUUAUAAAACUUUUAAAUUUACCAAUUAGUGUUAAUGAUGCUUUUAUAGUUGAUUUAUUUCAAAGUAGGUAUACUCCAUAUAUUAAAUUUAAAGUUGUAACUGAUCCUUCUUCAAAUAUUUUAACAACUGGUAUUAUUAAACAAGUUGCAUUUGUUGAAUUAGAAUCACAAUCUGAUUUAUUAAAAGCUUUAAAAUGGCAUGAUUUAUAUUAUAAAGGUAAUCGAAGAGUUAUAGUCGAAAUUGCAAAUUUUGAUGAUUUUCAAAAUUGUAUUAAAUUUAAUCAAGAUCAUUAUGAAGAAAUUUUAAAAAUACAGAAAGAUUUCAUGGCUCAAAAACAUCAACAUAAUCAACAUCAUCAUCAACAACCAAGACAUAUGGCAUUAUUAAAUGAUUUUGACAUGAGUCAAAGAGGUUCAGGAUUACAUCAAGAUCAUCAUAAUCAAAAUUAUUAUCAUCCACCACAUAGAUCACCUAUAAAACAGCAUAUUCCAAUAAGAAGACAAUCAUUUGAAACUCAACAACCACCACAAAAACUAAAAUCUAAUCCUUUUGGAACUGCUAAACCUGUUGAUACAUUAUCAAAACAAACUGAAAUUGAAAAAAAAUUGAUAAAUUUAAAUACAACAACUGUUCAAACAUUAGGUGAUGAAGGUAAUAUUGAUAUUGAGACUACAAUAAAGAAAUUUCAUGAGAGCGGGUCUCCCAAAACAGCAAAUUCGAUAUUAACUACUAAAAAAAGACCAAGUGUUUCAAUUUUAAGAAGAAAAUCAGAAAAUGAAAAAAAACAAUCACCACAUGAAACAUAUUCUAAUAAUGGGACUGGGAAAUCACUAGCUCAAUUAUUAAGCGAACAAUCUGAAGUUAUAUCUAAUCCUUCAACUGGUGGAAAAAAUACUCCAAGAAAUAAUACUCCAAAACCAGCAACUGUAUUGAAACCAGUUAUAUUAAAAAAGAAACCAAUUUCAUCUCCACCAAGUAACAAAAUAGAUUUAACUGUUAAAGAAGGUGAAUAUUUAAAACAACAACAACAACAACCAGAAUCCAAAGCAGAAAUACAAAAUCAACCGCAACCGAAAGAAGAAGUCAAAAAGGAUGAACCAGUGGAAACUAUAACAAAAGACAUGGAACAACUAACUACUAAUGAAGAGAGACCAGAUUUUAAGAAACAUUUAGAUGAAUUAGUUGGCAGAAAACGUACAGAAACAAAAAAUAAACCAGAAACUAAUGAACCAAAUGAACCUACCAGGUCUUAUCGAGGCAGAGGCAGAGGCAGAGGUCGUGGUAGAGGAAGAGGAAGCAGUAGAGGUAAUUUCAAUCUUCAAUAUGUUCGAUCUAAGCCCGAAUAA